UCCGCAAAGGCACUCGCAGGGCUUCAGUGAUCCGGCUGGUGGUGCCGGCGGUGGUGGCGGUGACGGUGGUGUCGGUGAUACGUUCCGAUUUUGAUUUUCGUCGGCCACUUUUCCGUCAAGAGUCCCACGUUUGACAGAAUUUUCCGAAAAGGGUACGCAAGGCAUGCCUCACACCGGACAGGCCGGGGUGAAUCAGCUAGGAGGGGUAUUCGUUAACGGACGUCCGUUGCCGGACUGCGUCCGCAGGAGGAUCGUCGAGCUGGCCUUGUUAGGAGUCCGGCCCUGCGAUAUUUCCAGGCAGUUGCUGGUAUCUCACGGUUGCGUCUCCAAAAUACUGACGCGUUUCUACGAGACCGGAUCCAUCCGACCGGGAUCGAUAGGAGGAUCGAAAACCAAGCAAGUUGCGACGCCGACGGUCGUCAAGAAAAUCCUGCGUUUCAAACAGGAAAAUCCGGGCAUGUUCGCCUGGGAGAUCCGGGAACAGUUGAUCUCUCAGCGUGUGUGCGAGCCUCACAACAUCCCGUCAGUCAGUUCGGUAAACAGGAUUUUGAGGAAUAGCGGAGUGUGGCCCGACGCCCAUCAUCAGGACGUCGGGACGCAUCACGGCAGACCGCCGACGUCACAUAACGACUCGCUCCUUAGGCCGGACAUAUACAUUAAGACGCCGUCGGCGCUUAACACUAGCCUCCCUUACUUUUCUACCAUACACGAUUCGACGCGACUGUCGCACCUCCAUCACCAACUCCAUGUCGUAACCAACGGCGAGACCCAAUCGAGCAGUUCGUGGUCGAGCCUCAACAGUUUGGUCGUCCCGUAUCAACCUUUACGCGGUUUGUCGCACCAGCAAGACUUGAAAGUCACCAAACUGGAGGAGAAAGGGGAGAACGGUACCAAGAAGAACCCUUAUUCUAUCGAGGAGCUGCUGAAAAAGCCCAGCAAACAAGUGAAACCGCCUAGCCCCUUCGGCACUGGAAUUCAUCAACCGUCCGGGGUGUUUCUUACGUCCGAAGAUUUUCACCGCGAAGAUGAAGAUAGCGAUUCCGACAAAGACGUUAAAAUCGACGUCGAAUAAGUGUCUUUUGUUUCUGCGUACGAGGUAUCUUCGUAUAAUGAUUAGUAAUCGCGUUCAGGCCAAACUUUCCAACAAAAGAAGCCAUAUAUUUAAUAUUUAUUUUUAAAACAUAGGGUAAACCAGUCAAAUAUGUCCCACAUUUCGAAGAAGAUUAGCAGAGGCGGUUUUUAAGCGUUUAACAAAAGUAAUGCCAUGAGGCGUUACACUCCCACCCCUAAAAAGUGAAUAUCAUUCACUUAAAAAAAUUACCUGAAACCAUAUAGCUGUUAGGUAAUAUAGUGGUCAUAAUCUGCCUGAUUUUCUGCUGCCUCCAACCUUAACAAUGAUCUGUCAGCGGUCAUGUUGGCUCAAGGUCAUUAUUAAAAAAAUUUUCAUGGACGAUUCAAAGUAGUUUUCAUAACAUUUGGCAUACUCGUCACACUGAAGAGCUUAAAAUCAGUUCACUUUCAGAGCUAGAAGAGCUUUAUAAUUGUUCGGCUUAAAUUUCCUAACUUUUUUCGUUCUUUUUCCCACGGUAGAAUUUUUCUGAGCUUCUAUUUUGUCGAUGAUGUUUUCUUCUACUAAUGGGAUUAAUAAAAUGGGGAAGAUUUGGAAGGUGUUCCUUCUAGAUCCGAACUUUCCGAAUGUAUUGAAGGGGCAGACAACCCCUUCUUCUUUCAUAAGCACCUGAAGCUGAGGCUAGAAUAGAUGUAGAUAGAUUACUUAAGUCAGAAAUUCUGACAAGUUUCUCAGAAAUUCUGGCUUGUUUUAUAUAAAUUCUUACUUUUAAAGAAAUUAUGACCUGUUUCGCAAAUACUGAUUUAAGGAAAUUACAACUUACUUUUCAAAUAUUCUAACUUGUUUUACUAAGAUUCUGACUUAUUUUCCAGAAAUUAUGACUUGUCACUGAAAUACUGACUUAAGUCAGAAAUGCUAACUUGUUUCUCAAAAAUUCCAAUUUGUUUUACAAAAAGUCCGACUUAUUUUUUAAUAAUUCUGACUUAAGUCGGGAAUUCUAAAUUAAUUCUCAGGUACUCCAAUUUGUUUUACUGAAAGUCUUAUUUUUCAGAAAUUCUGACUUAUCUUUCAGACAUUUUAAUUUAUGUUUCAGAAGUUUUUACUUAUUUCUCAGAAAUUCUCAUUUAUUCUUCAAAGAUUAUGCCUCAUUUUUUAGAAAUUCCGAAAUAUUUCCCAAAUAUAUCUCAUUUCUCAAAUGUUCUGACUUACUUUUUAGAGAUAAACUUAUAUUUAAAAAAUACUGACUAAUCGUGUCAAAAAUCCUCAUUUAUUUUUCAGAAGUUUUGACUCGUUUUAAAAAAUUCCGACUUAACUCAUAAAGUCCAUGUGUUCCAGAAGUUCUGAAUUAGUUUUCAGAACUUUUUAUUUUACGCAAAUUCUGACGUGCUUCUGAGAUAUUCUGCGUUAUUUUCCAGAAUGUAUGACAUUGUUUUAGAGAUUCUGACAUGUCAUUAAGAAAUUCUGACUAAUGUCAAAAAUUUGGACUUUCUAAACAAGGAUAUACACAUACUUAACCUCCAUUAAACGAUAUAAAAAUUCACGAGCCUCCGAGCAUGCCUCAGCUACUCAGCUAUUUCACCUACUAACCUGCGCUGUGCCCCAUUUUCCGUCUAAUUAGCGAUCACGUUAAAGAAGAUUUUAACAAGCAUUUCUUCUUAGUGUCUCAUAUCACAGAGGAUUCAAUGCAGAGAACAUCUUGGUUUGCUUUUACUGGUCACGUUUCCUGUGGGCACUCGCCCAUAAACAAAGUAUACAUGGCAAAUAUUUCCCUAUAGGUACCACAUAAAAACUCAUCGACUUUCAGCAGAUGAUAUUUUAACACUCAUGCGCAUAUUGAAUGGGGCUUCUCAAAAUUAGUUAUAAUUGUUACUGUUAUUAGCAUACACAGGCAAGGCCUGUUAUAUCUCUAGUAGCUAUAUGAUAAAUACACCUCAUAAUUUUUGUGAGCUGUAUUCGAAGGUUAUGUAUAUUUUGGAGUUUAUAAGGAGUUAUCGGUUAAUUUUUUGUUAGCCUCAACCUGGUGGUGUCGAUUUUACCGGUUUACCUUGUGGUAAUUUUAAUUCACGGCCAGUUCCAACAUUUUAUAAAAUAAAACACUAUCUAUUUGAUUUUUUAAAAAACCGAAAAACGAAAAGCUAGAAUUUUAUGUAAUACGAAGAUAUCUUGCCCCUUUUGAACUUUCAAAGUUAUUCCGAGCUACUGGUCAGUGGAUGUUUCGCUGGGUGAGCGCCCCACUUAUUUAAGUUUUUAUUUAAUUGUAAUUUAUUUUGUUUAUUUAAUUGUAAUUCAUUUCUGGUCAAAUUAAAAAUAA